GGCGGGCGGGGGUCGCGCCGCGGCGUUCCCCGCCGGCCUGAAGGAGGACGCGGGGCGCUCGGUGGGCCCCAGCCAUGGGGUGUUGCGACGCGCGGGGGCUGCUCUGGAGAUUCGGCCUCUUCCUCCCCCUGCUGACGGCGCGCCCCGCAGCCGGCGGACACGGCGCCUCCAACCAAGUUGUGCUGCUUGAUACUACAGCUGUCCUUGGAGAAUUAGGAUGGAAAACAUUUCCUUUAAAUGGGUGGGAUGCCAUUACUGAAAUGGAUGAACACAAUCAUCCCAUUCAUACGUACCAGGUGUGCAAUGUGAUGGAACCAAACCAAAACAACUGGCUUCGAACAAACUGGAUUUCCCGUGAUGCUGCACAGAAAAUCUAUGUGGAAAUGAAGUUUACCCUGAGGGACUGCAACAGCAUUCCGUGGGUAGUGGGAACCUGCAAGGAAACUUUUAAUCUCUACUACAUGGAAUCAGAUGAAUCUCAUGGAUUAAAAUUCAAGCCAAACCAGUACACUAAAAUUGAUACUAUUGCAGCUGAUGAGAGCUUUACUCAGAUGGACUUGGGUGAUCGCAUUCUUAAACUCAACACAGAAGUUCGUGAGGUUGGGCCAAUAAACAAGAAAGGCUUUUAUCUUGCAUUUCAGGACAUUGGAGCAUGUAUUGCUUUGGUCUCAGUCCGUGUUUAUUACAAGAAGUGCCCUUUCACAGUCCGUAACUUGGCCAUGUUUCCUGAUACUAUUCCAAGGGUUGAUUCUUCCUCUUUGGUGGAAGUGCGGGGCUCCUGUGUGAAGAGUGCUGAGGAACGUGAUACUCCAAAAUUGUAUUGUGGAGCAGAUGGGGAUUGGCUUGUGCCUCUUGGACGAUGUAUCUGCAGCGUAGGAUAUGAAGAAGUGGAUGGUUCCUGUCACGCUUGCAGGCCUGGAUUCUAUAAAGCAUUUGCUGGAAAUGUAAAGUGCUCCAAGUGCCCUCCACACAGUUCAACCUAUGUUGAAGCAACUUCAGUAUGUCAGUGUGAAAAAGGUUACUUCAGAGCUGAGAAAGAUCCACCAACUAUGGCAUGUACCCGGCCACCUUCUGCUCCCAGGAAUGUGAUUUUUAACAUUAACGAAACGGCUCUCAUGUUGGAAUGGAGCCCACCAAGUGAUACCGGAGGAAGAAAAGAUCUCACCUACAGUGUCAUCUGUAAGAAAUGUGGGUCAGAUGCCAGCCAGUGUGAAAUAUGUGGGGGAGGAAUCCGCUUCAUUCCCAGGCACACAGGUCUCAUCAACUCCUCUGUGACGGUGCUGGACUUCGUGUCACAUGUGAACUACACCUUUGAAAUCGAGGCCACGAAUGGCGUCUCGGAGUUGAGUUUCUCUCCCAAGCAGUUCACAGCUAUCACAGUUACCACAGACCAAGAUGCACCCUCCUUGAUAGGUAUGGUAAGGAAGGACUGGGCUUCCCAAAACAGCAUUGCCCUCUCCUGGCAAGAGCCGGACUUUCCCCAUGGAGCCAUUCUGGACUACGAGAUCAAGUACUAUGAGAAAGUCUACCCACGGAUAGCGCCGGCAUUUUGGCACUACCUGCGGGUAGAAGAGCAUGAGCAGCUCAGCUAUUCCUCCACAAGGUCCAAGGCUCCAAGUGUUAUCAUCACAGGUCUCAAGCCAGCCACCAAGUAUAUAUUUCAUAUCAGAGUCAGGACGGCAGCAGGAUACAGCGGCUAUAGCCAGAAGUUUGAAUUUGAAACUGGAGAUGAAAGUAACCCUUUUAAGCUUUCCAUUCCAUUGCCUGCUCCUUUUCCCACAUACCCUCUGAGACUGGAGACCAUCAGCUCACAGGAACUGCAGCGCUUCUGGAAAGCUUCUGAUAUGGCUGCAGAGCAGGGACAGAUUCUCGUGAUUGCCACUGCUGCUGUUGGUGGAUUCACUCUCCUGGUCAUCCUCACUUUGUUCUUCCUGAUCACUGGGAGAUGCCAGUGGUACAUAAAGGCCAAAAUGAAAUCUGAAGAGAAGAGAAGGGCUCAUUUGCAAAAUGGAAAUUUACGUUUCCCAGGAAUCAAAACAUAUAUUGAUCCAGACACAUAUGAAGACCCAUCCCUUGCUGUCCAUGAAUUUGCAAAGGAGAUAGAUCCUUCAAGAAUUCGUAUUGAGAGAGUUAUUGGGGCAGGUGAAUUUGGGGAAGUAUGCAGUGGACGUCUGAAGACACCAGGAAAAAGAGAGAUACCUGUUGCAAUUAAAACUCUGAAAGGUGGUUAUAUGGACAGGCAAAGAAGAGAUUUCCUGAGAGAAGCUAGUAUAAUGGGUCAGUUUGAUCACCCAAAUAUAAUUCGUCUUGAAGGAGUUGUUACAAAAAGAUCCUUUCCGACCAUUGGGGUGAAGUCUCUUUCGAGAUUCCUGAGGGCGGGAUUUUUAAAUAGCAUCCUGACCUCACAUCCAGUCUCAGGGGGUGGAUCUUUACCCCCCAGCAUUUCCUCUGGCAGACCAGUAAUGAUUGUAGUUGAAUACAUGGAGAAUGGAUCCCUUGACUCCUUUCUGCGGAAACACGAUGGCCACUUCACAGUCAUCCAGCUGGUGGGCAUGCUGCGGGGAAUUGCAUCUGGCAUGAAGUACCUCUCAGACAUGGGCUACGUACACCGUGAUCUGGCAGCCCGUAACAUUUUGGUCAACGGCAACCUCAUGUGCAAAGUCUCCGACUUCGGUUUGUCACGAGUGUUGGAGGAUGAUCCUGAAGCUGCUUAUACAACAAGUGGUGGAAAAAUUCCCAUCCGGUGGACUGCUCCUGAAGCUAUAGCUUACCGCAAGUUCUCUUCAGCGAGCGAUGCGUGGAGCUACGGGAUUGUAAUGUGGGAAGUGAUGUCCUACGGUGAGAGACCAUACUGGGAGAUGUCCAACCAGGAUGUUAUACUGUCUAUUGAAGAAGGUUACAGGCUACCAGCUCCUAUGGGCUGCCCAGCUUCUCUUCACCAGCUCAUGCUUCACUGCUGGCAAAAGGAGAGGAACCACCGUCCAAAAUUUAGUGAUAUUGUCAGCUUCCUGGACAAACUGAUCCGCAAUCCAAGCACUCUUCAUACCCUAGUGGAGGACGUACUUGUAAUGCCAGAUUCACCUGGUGAAGUCCCAGAAUUUCCUUUGUUUGUUUCAGUUAGUGACUGGCUGGACUCCAUAAAAAUGGGUCAAUAUAAAAGCAACUUCAUGGCAGCAGGUUUCACAACUCUGGAUAUGGUUUCAAGAAUGAGUAUUGAUGACAUUAGAAGAAUUGGAGUUGUACUCAUUGGACACCAGAGACGAAUAGUCAGCAGUUUACAGACUUUGCGGUUACACAUGAUGCACAUACAGGAGAAAGGAUUUCAUGUAUGAAAGUACUAGAAUCAACUGUGUUUUGUGCCUCAGCAUUUCUAAAACGAAAAAUAUUCUCAUUCUUCCCUUCUGCUUUUCUCAACUUCAAGAACUGCAGUCUCCUGGUUAGACUCCAAAAGUACUUCUACGUUAAUGCUUCCAAACUGGAAUUUUUAAUCACACUGCAUAGUUCCUCUGUCAGUUAUCUGCCAAUAAAAUCCUGACCUACUGCAAGACUUGCUACACGUUGAUGAAUAAUAACUCAGCAACUCAGCAUGGAUGUGUAACUUUGUAUAACAGUACUUGGGAAACUUUCACAAACUUACUGGAAAGUAGUAAUCCGUUUGGCCUGGUGUGGCUUCUUUAUCGAUGUAUUUAGAGUUUGCUGGUAGAUCAAAACGUAUUUGACUUCUUUCAUGUUCUGUGACCAUGUAACUUCCAAUACCAAAUGUGCAAUCAAGAAGUUUCACAUAAAUAUUUAUUUUAUCUUCUAAUUAAAUCAAAAUGUAUGGGUCCUAUGGUUAUAUUACUUUAUAAUAGUUUAAAUGCUGGUAAGCCGGUGCCUCAAAAUGUGAACAUUGUUUGCAAAAAUGACUGAUGAUUUUAUGUAGUGAGUUUUCAUUGUGUUGGAACUGGGAGGAUAGUGAGAGAAAUCUGGCUGAAGUCUUCAGGUCCUUGAUUCUGAAUUAUGUUAGCACUCGACACUUUUUAUGCUUUAAAUUUUAGGUAAGGUCAAAAUAUUUAUUCAGCCCUAGGUUUUUUAUUUUAUUUUAUUUUUAAUAGUCAGCAUUUGCCUCUAUUCCAUGGUAAAUUGUCACCGGAAGACUGGAUGUAAUGUUUCCAUAACUACAUGUAAAACAUGGUUGUCCGCUAUACUGUGGUUACAUAGACUUCAGAAAGUUUUCUGUUCCAAAAAUGUAGGCCUCCACAAGCUGAACUGUCAUUUCCACCAGUGGUAGUAGAUUUAGAGGGUCAAUCAUCAGUGGGGUGCUGGAGCAGAUUGGCCGUAGCAUCAUCCAAUUGAAGAUAGUGGUACAGCCACAAACUAAUGCUGGAAGUUACGCUCUGUGGUGUUCAGUUUUAUUAUACGUAGGCAGAAAAGGAGACAUAGGACAGCAGUGUAUUAAUAUGUUGCCUUGAGUCUACUUCUAACUGCUUUUAGAAGUGAAAAGCAGACUGCUGAAGUGGAGUUCUGGUUUCUGUGGGGGCCAGAUCUUCAUUUAGUACAAGUUCCAAAACAAUAUCAAAGAUAAUUACUUUUAGAACUCUUCAAUAGCCAUAUUUACAUGCAAGAAAAAUGGCUGCAAAGGCCUAACAUAAUAUUUAUACCUCUGUAAGAUUUACAGCUUUCAUGUUUUAUUCAUGCAACUUACACAGAUGUGCUGGGCUACAUUUCCAAACUUUUGCAUGAGAUAUGUGCUGCUAGAAACUGGGACACGAGCGCAUGUCUGCGAACUGGAGAAGUCACACGCAGAUCUACAUGCAUGUCACAUGUAAACUGGGUUUUUGUUAGUUUAUGCAUAGUUUGGAGGACAUUCUCAAGUUACACGGCAUUUCAAUAUACUUAAAGAUUACAAAUCUUCAGUUAAAUGGCGCAUUUGGGUAAUUACUAUAAUAUAUUUGUAUAUCAAAAUGAAUUAACUACGUUAUGUAAUCAUAAUGAUAUUUAGUGCUUAAUUUACAGCUUGUAAAUCAAAUUGUAUUUCCUGACUCUCAGAAAGGCUACUGUUGUAUGCUGGUGGCAAAGAAGGAAAAGCAGAAAGCAACUCAAAAAAAAUUAGGCUUCCAGCUGGUUCACAGAGUUAAGACAUGCUAGGCCUGAUUCACUGUUGUUACCUUAUGUUAGAAUAACUUCAUUAAUUUAAAUGGAUACAAGUAGUGAACUGCAGAAAUUUUUCUUUCUUCUGUUAAAAAAACAAAAACAAUGAAACAACAGUUUUAACUGAAGAAAAAGUUUUCUAAAAGUAAGUAUUCACCAGUGUUCUAUGAUGUCAAGUUGGUAAGCAUGUUUAAAGAGGGGCAGUGCUAGUCUUAUUUUAGCUACAAAUUUUAUCAGCAUGGGUAGUCCCACUGACCUCAGACUGAUAAAUUCUGCCCCAAUUCCAAAUCUGAGUUUUUAGGAUUUUUUUUUUUUUUUUUUGGCAAGGGUGCCCUUAGAGAAAUAAAAUCAUACCUACCUUAAAAAAAACAACAUCACAGAGUAAUUUAAGAUUUGUUUUUUCUUUAUUAUUUCAUUUCCUAGUAUGCCAGUCAUUGCUUUUAUGGCCAUUAAUGUGACAUCUGUGAAAGGAGGCUGUCACGUUUAAAUUUAUUACUGAAGAGAUAUGAGUCUGUUAUUUGUUAAUAGAGUUUCAAAAUUGCUCAUAACUAGACCAGACCAUAAAUGUGCACUUUUAAAUUCUUCUUUGAAAAUUUAUUCAUUCUUGGUAGUGCGUACACUACACACAUUACAAAGCUGUAUGUUACAUGAACACAAUCUGGUUAUACUUCAUGGAAGUUAAUUUCCAAACUUAUCACGCUACUGAAAAUAUAUUUUCAAAUAAUAUAUAAUAACAAUAUAAAAACAUUUAUUAAUCAGAUCUAUUUUUUAUAUGAAUAAGAAUUUGGGUAACCAGAAAGAAAAGAAGAAGAGAUUUCAAUGAGACCGUUUAUUAAAAACAUUAUAAAUCCAGGAUUUUUGGGGGGUUUAUAUGGUUUGUGUUUUUUUGUUUUGGUGGUGCAAUAUGACACAUUUAUAAUAGUUGUUCUGAUCAAAUUUACAUUUAAUCCAUUUUGGAAACAUUUGAUUUGCUCUUGUUAUGUUUCUAACCCUACUCUUCCAUUUUAUUCAGCACAAAGGAAAGUGCUACCAUUACGGCUGUUUAUAUUUUUAUUCAUUCAAAAACAAGAACAAAAACACUUUUUUCAAAUUGUUUUUUCAAAUGUGAGCUCAAUUCUGUGCAAGCUACAAGUGUAAAUUUGAAAUUCAAGCAACUUUCUUUAUUGCAGGGAAUACUUUCUUUGGGUGAAAAUUCUACCAUUUAAUUAACCUGUAUAUCGUAGUGUGCAGUUACUGAUUAAAUUUAACAAAUUCAAGUAAAUCUAGAAAUCUGCUUUUGAAAAUCUGGCCAACAUUGCACGGUGUUUCAUGACUAAAAGUACUCAUUGAAAAUUCAUGAAAUAAAGACUGCAUGAUAUACAAGCCCCCUAAAAAUUGAUUAAAAUGUGGACACAAGGAAAUAGUUCCAAGCUUGUUAUUUACAAGUGAUAUCCAUGCACAGGCUUUUCUAACAGGUGUGGUAGUCAUGCAUCUAGAACAAAUCCAUCUGUACUGUUAUCACUACCUUGGUACAAGUUAAGUCUUCAGAAGAUAGUUUUAAUGAGGGCCUUUGUCUGCUGGGCAGGAAAACUGGGUUAGCAUCUCUUGGUCAAUAAGUGCACUACCCAGUUGUCCAUCAUGUGUCAACCACUGUGCUUCCUAAGUUGACUGACAAGCAGCUUAGAUAUUCAUUGCAGCCAAGUGGGUCAGUCAUCAGUCUAACAUGGAAUCUCAAGCCAUCCCCACCUGAUGGAAACUCAGAACCCCAAGAUCUAUUAGGGGGAAAUUUUUUCUCACCUAACUUUGGAGGUGUGCGUUUGAGCUAGUCAUCUUAGGUUCCAUUUAAUUAGUGAAGAGAACAGGGCCCUUGUAGUAUUCACAUAGUGAUAAAUGUCAUCUGACAGAUGUAAUCAUUAACUUUUGGGUGAGAAGAAAUGUGCCAAACCAGCACUUGAGACAAAAUGAGUAACUCAGCUUAUAGAAGCAGAGAAGGAAGCAUAGGGGCAUGGAAUGGCUGGGGUUGGAAGGGACCUUAAGGUUCAUAAAGCUCCAACCCACCUGCUGCAGUGGCUGCCAACCUCCAUAUCUAUUACCAGAUCCAGGCAUCUGUUCUUAAUCUUGUGCACUGAUUGUAUCUAGUCAUCGUGCUGAACCUCUGAAAAAGAGAGGACACCAUGUGUAAUGCUGAUGUUGACAUUAAGUGUGUAACAGCAUAAUGUCUGUCCAAUGAAAGCUUAGGUGCACGCUGUGCUUUAAUACAUGAGCAUCAGGCUAUCUUACAGUUGGAAAUAGUACACUCAGCAAGUAAUUCAAGUAACUUAAUUGCUCUGGACAAAGCAUUCUGUGUCAGAAGAUUGUUUAUUCUGACACAGGAUUCAAACUGUUCCACUUAAUUUUUGUAAUUCAGGACUCGCUAUUCGUUUUCCAUUUUUAUACAUACGCUGAACCUAAUUCUGAGCUCCAUGAAGUUCUUUUUCAAUGCAGAUUCACCUUUUAUAGUAACAAAAUAAUAUUAAUGAAAAGAAUUUGGUCUAUUGCAUCUUCUAAGAAAAGUAUUAGAAAUUGAAAUACUUCAUUUAUCAUGGCAUUUGUGCAUGGUUGAAGAGUAUUGUAUUGUGUUAAACAGGUUUCUUUCGGAAUGCCCUUGCUCCCUAACUGCAGUUGAUCUUUCCUGAGCAAAUUGCAAAAAUAUUUUUUUUUCUUUAUUAGUAGUACUAUUUUUUUUAAAGAAUAAGGAAGAGAUCUGUUAAGUUGGGCUAACACCAAGUACUACAGUGAUCUUGAAAUCUCUCAGAGAGACAAAUGAAUCAGUACUGAAAAGGGGAAAAAAAAAUCUAAGAAGGUUAGAAUAAGGUGAAAGAAAACUUUCUAUAUCGUGCCAAGGAGUUCUAACAAAAACAAAAGAAAUGGCACAAAAACAGUUCAUGUAUUUAGAGUGCACAGAUCUCUUCUACCAUCUCAUCUGUGAAUGCUAUGGUUGUAUAUAGAUCCUCAGAUUAUGGACUAGGACAUACUGAGUACAUAGUGGAUAUAAAAAAUAUGUGGAUGUGUAUAUAAAGAAUUGUAAAUACAAUGUAUAUCAUAAUGCCUGAGAUUUUUCAAGCGCACAUGAAUUAAUUAUCUGGCUCUCAAUAAUGGUAAUAGGGUUGAUCUUCUCCACUGGCACUUAAAAUUGUUAACUUCCCAAACUUCCUUGGCUUGUUAUCUGGAAAAUGGAUGACAGCCUCUCUCUUCCUCCCUUCACAGGCAGAAAAAAAAAAAAAAAAAAGAAAAAAGCUUUCUUAGUUCAAUGUAGUCCAUGCUUAUAAAAAGUUUGAGUACCUCUGUUGAAGUCACCAAAGAUGAACAGUAUAUAAGUGAUUUUCUUUUAAAUAGUCUUUUAUGGACUCUUUUGAGGUGAAAAUAGAGGAAAAAUUCAAGGGAAUGUAAGUAAUGAUUUGCCAGUAUAUACUAUAAAAAGGUAUGUUGAAUUUUAGAAAGGAAAAACAAAAAAAAAAGAUGAAUGUAAGAACAGAAGGCUAGAAAUAAGUAGGUUAAAAUAAAUUUCCAUAUUUUAUUUGUGAAAUACCACCAGUUCACAUCGUGAAUCCUAUUUGUGUGCAAAUUUCUUUGAAUAUUCUACAUCAGUAUUUCCUACUCUCCUUUCACACAGGAGAUUUCACAAGUACAUCUCUCUUCCACAAGGGGUUAACAUAUUGUCUGAUUUUUCAUACCUGUCUAGUUAAACUGAACUUAAUAAGGCUAAGUCGUGGCACUGAAGAUGUGGAAAAGUGUGUUAAUAAGGUCAAUGUCAAAAGCAUUUCAAGCUUUCACCUGUUCUGCUUUGUUCAUGUCCCAAAUUUUCAACUGUGUCUCAGUAUCCAAGAGUACUUGACUAGUUGGUAACUCAAUGUGUGUCCCAGAAAUAACGUAUGCAGUGUACCAUGUUCAGAAACACCUGAAUAUGUGAAGAGUUCAGUGCUUGUGUGGCUUAAUUCAGAUAAAGAGGCUGACUAGAAAUUGAACUAUUUACAUGAGUAGGGUUAGGCACAAAAUGCUUGCAAAUCCAAGCCCUUAUAGUAUAUUUGUAAGGAAGAAUGAGAUAACAUAAUUUUGUCCUUUUUACAUUCAGUUCUACAUAUGGUUCCCUUGAGAGUUCACCAUAUUUGUUGUUACUAUGAGAAAACCUCCUGUUUCACACAAGUUUUGGGGAAUAUUCAUCUCUAACAUGGAAGCUGAUUGCAACUUCAUAAAUACUAAUACUCAUUAUUGACAACUCAGUGAAGAACUGCUAAGAAGCACAUAGAUAAGGCAAAACCCUGGGAAUGAUAACUCAAAAUCUCAAAGAAAUCUACCUGUCUGUAUUGUGAACUUUGCGGUGCCUGGAGCCUUGUGUGGAGAGCAACCUUACCGCUAGAAUCUGGAAAAUCAGAUUUGGGGAACAUUUGCAUUAGAAUCCAAUUAUUUAUUUCUGAUUGUGAAAAAUUGCCCAUUGAAUCAAUAAAGGGGAUAUUUUCAUAGUAUCAGCUCAGCAAAAGGCUCUGAGUGUCCCCUAGAGCAGUGACCAAAUAAAUAAAUAAAUAAAUAAACAAACCUAUUUGCUGGUUUUCCAGGGUCCAGCCAAUGAUAUAGAAAAAAAGUACAGUUGUCAUAAUUCAGGUUAGAACUUCCAGUAGACACCGUUUUAUUUUCUAAACAUAUAACUGAAGGACUAAUUUCUCUUCUUGUUGCAUAUUGGCUUUUUUGAGAAGAGCCUAAAAAAACAGUAAAAGGAGAGCUGUCCAACUAAGUGCUGCUUACGCAUCAAAUUUUCAGUUUCUUCCAGACCGAGUUCCACGUGCCAAUGAGAAGCAAAAAAGAAAAAGCAAAGCAAGAACAUCUUUUAUCAGGCUGAGUUCUUUGAUUCAUACAACUUACAUCUCCAUCUCAUUAAGUGCUAUAUAAGAUUAGAUGAAAAAGACAAAAAUUGUAGCCAAUUUUUCAAAUCUAAAGAUUCUUUUAGUUACUAAAUGACAACUUCACAAUUACAUUUUUGUCUUGAGAAGGUUUUACUCUAGAUCACCUAUUGUUUUCACAUUCUGAUGAAGGAUUUUAAUAUAUAUAUAUAUUUUAUUAAUUCCAGAGACAAUUAGGUAAUUGUGUGAGGAAUUAGUUUCAUUGUUUCAUAGGCACUGUUCUGUAGUGGCUUAGGAGUUUGAUACUGGCUUCAUUGUCAGUAAGAUCAGGCCCUAUCUUACAGAGACUGUUGUUGGAUUCAGCUUUCCUAAUAAAUUCUCCCUUUCUGCAUGUUACUACUGCCACAAAUGAUUUGCUGUUGGAAAAUCAACAUUUAUCAGUAUGCAUGCUGUCUUGUCAUUCAAAUGUAUUACUAAAACAUUAUACGAGUUUUAAUUUCUUUCUUCAGAGUUCCAGGUUGAGAUUAGCUUGAUCAUUUGAGGCAUGAGCCAAAAUCAAGUAAAUCCAUAAGUAGCUAUCAAUGGACUGUAGUAAGGUUUUGGACCAAGGGUUUCCAAAGAUUUGUAUGGAAUGGAUGGCCUACUUUAAUAAGGGGAAAGAGUGCACUGAUCUUAAAAGACAAUGCUGCUACCUCAGGAAUAUGUCAAAAAAGACUAUGGUUACCUUCAGUGUGGUGCAAACAAGAUACAAAACACACUUGCUGUUUUAUCUGGAAUGAGUUACCAUCACUGAGUUUGGAGUAAGUAAAACAAACAUAGUAAUCUAACAGAAUUGUAAUAGAAAUGGUUUUCUUUCUUGGGUGUUUUCCCAAAGUCCUGGAUUUAAAUCGAGGAUAAAACCACCUUCCCCAUCAACAAAGAAUACAACUUCUAUCUGCAGGAUUUGUCUCUCCUUUCUUCUUUAACAUGCAGCAUUAUACAAUAUGAUCUCCCCUUCAUGAUAGCAGUUCUCGCUGUUUUCCACUUUGAACAAACUCUGUUUCACAUUCCUAGUGCAAUACAGUGUAAGGUCUGAUAUUUGCCUGUUAAUUAACGGCACAGCAGUAAAUAAAAUAAAUAAUGCCCUCCUAGUCAUACUAUUUACUGGACUUUUUCAUUAAUUCCAUAUUUCAAGAAAACUAUGCUACUAUAAAAUACCCAACACAUAAACAUAAACAUUUUAAAACUUAUGGCCAUGAUUCUGUAUCAGCCUCUCCCCAAGAAAUAGUUAGGUUUGAAUUGGUCAUAUAUGUUUUUAAUGUCAUAUCUUCUACAGCAAUUUCUUUUUCUGACUUGUCUCCAUGAAGAAGAAAGCUAUUUCAGACAGGAGUGGGAAGAGUUGUUUAUUGGUUAAAUGGUGAAGGAAUUGGACUCAAUCAGUAUUUCAGUAUCUUUUAUUCUUACCUAAGGCCAUGGUUCCAAUGUCAAAAUUCCUGUAUGGUAUCAGUUACAUCAUACAUGGUGCUGCUAUGAUUGAAAACCCAAAGACUAACGAAAGAGGCUUGCUCUUGUUUGGUGCAGUACAACUCCUAUAGACUUCAGUAACAAAAGCAGUUACUCUGCACUCCUCAGGAUUGCUUCUGCAAUUUAACAAGGAAAAAAAAAAGGCUUAAAAAAGAUCAUAUGAAACUAUAUUUACUGAAUGGCAAUUGCUUGUUUUCUGGCAAAUCAGACUUCAUUGACGAAGUUAGUGUCAA